CGCGCGCAGCCAGGAGGCGGAGGGUUUGGGAAUGGCGGUCGCGCCCCUGCCGGAGGCUGCACUGGGGAAAUGCAGCGGGUUGGGGAAACGCCAGCGACACCCUGAGAACCGCGCGGCUCGGGCCGGGCCUCCCCGCGUCCCGCCGGUGGCCGCCCCUCUGCGGCCUGCGCACGCGCAGAACCGGUCUCCCAGGGUUUGCCCUGGCGCUAGCGGGGCUGUUUCCCAAGGCGGGUGCUUCCUAUGUGGUCGUCAUUCCUCCUGUCCUGCCCUGUAGGGAAUGAAGGAUGGCAGCGCGCCGUGCAUUAAAAGCUGUUUUGGUAGAUCUCAGUGGCACACUUCACAUUGAAGAUGCAGCUGUGCCAGGCGCACAGGAAGCUCUUAAAAGGUUACGCGCUGCUUCUGUGGUGGUUAGGUUUGUGACCAACACAACCAAAGAGAGCAAGCAAGACUUACUGGAAAGGUUGAAAAAGUUGGAGUUUGACAUCUCCGAAGACGAAAUCUUCACUUCUCUGACAGCAGCCCGAAACUUAGUAGAGCAGAAACAAGUCAGGCCCAUGUUGUUGGUUGAUGACCGUGCACUGCCUGAUUUCACAGGAGUACAAACAGAUGCUCCCAAUGCUGUGGUCAUAGGCCUGGCACCAGAACAUUUCCAUUACCAGCUUCUGAAUCAAGCAUUUCGGUUGCUCCUGGAUGGAGCCCCUCUGAUAGCUAUCCACAAGGCCAGGUAUUACAAGAGGAAAGAUGGCUUAGCCCUGGGACCAGGACCAUUCGUGACUGCUUUAGAGUAUGCCACAGACACAAAAGCCAUAGUGGUGGGGAAACCAGAGAAGACGUUCUUCCUAGAGGCACUGAGGGACACUGGCUGUGCACCGGAGGAGGCCGUCAUGAUAGGAGAUGAUUGCAGGGAUGAUGUUGGUGGGGCUCAGAACACUGGCAUGCUGGGCAUCUUGGUCAAAACUGGGAAAUACCGAGCCGCAGAUGAAGAAAAAAUUAAUCCACCUCCCUACUUAACUUGCGAAAGCUUCCCUCACGCUGUGGACCACAUUCUGCAGCAUCUCCUGUGAACCCACAUGUGACAAGAGGCUGCUUGAUCCACAGCUUCCAUUGUCUAGACUGGAUGGAUCCCUUUCUAACCCAGUGGCCUCAGUAGACAGCGCCAUCCAGCGAUGAUCUGUUGUUGAACCUCUUUCAUUGCGCAUUAAUUAGAAAGAGGGGAUUGAAUUGCAGCCAGCCCUAAACCUUGCUAAUCUCUUUUGUUUUGUAAAAGGAGAUGAGACCUGAAGAAAGGGAGAGCUGAGAUUUUGUGCCAUUCCUGUUAAAAUAUUCAUCAGGUUCACUGGGCUGGGAAGAGAAGCUCCUUGGGGAGUAGAGAAGCAGUAGUCCCCACUUCUUUGCUGGAAAUGAGAGGGGUUGUCUGUGAGUACAGCCGAAUCACACAGGGAUGCACGAAGGGUGCAUUAGGCUGUCAUGGAGAUGCAGAGUUCACUGUGAAACCCAGCAGACAAGCCCAAGUGCAUGGCAGAAGCAGCGUGGCAGGUCCUUCCGCUGAGAUCCAGUGCUUCAACAGAUGUGGAAAGCCAAAUCUUCCACUGCACUCCCAGCACAGAUGACUUCUUUUUCUCUUCAUUAGCCAGAGAUGACUAAUUUAAAUUUAGAACCCGAAUUUAAUUUAAAAUAAUAUUUCCAUUAAUAACCUAUUCAUUGCAGAUACCUAUUAUCCUGUGUAACAGUUGUUUUGGAAAUUUUAUGUAAAAUUAAAACUAUCAGUAUUUUACAGAUGUUUUAAUUAGACAUUGUUAUUAACAGGAACAGUGCAGAAACUGAAAUCAAGCCUUUAAUGUCUUAUAGACCGUGCAUUUUUGAAGUUAGUGUCCACUGGGGACCUAUUAACUGUACAUUUGCAAGAUUUCAUUAUUUUUGCCUCUGGCACUGUGGGAGAAGUCUUUUAGGAACUAUUGGGACAGAUUCAAACUUUUAUGUACUUCUUACUACAGUUGUAAAAUGAGAUCUUGUCUCGGCGCCUGGAUUAUUCUUCUCGUGUUAAAGCCACCCAAAUGAAGGAGACUAAGUAGGUAAUGAUUUUCCUGGUGCAUUUGCAUGCUGUGCUAAUCCGAGGCCAUGGCAGUUGUUUUACAGGGCUCUUGGGCAUUGAAUUAUUAGGAUGUAAUUGUGUAUCCUUGCCGUGCUCACCUUACUGAGGCACACACUAAUGUUAAUGAGGAGCUUCAGCUUUGAUGCUUGUUUAGAGACCAGCUCUGUCUUGGAUGGAAGGGAACAAAGCUAAAUAAAUGUACUUUAGUAAGUG